AUGAGAAGCGUAUGCCAGUUUCUCCUUUUGGCGCGAUUGGUCGCUGCCAUCACUGGACCAAGGAUAGAAAACGAUUUCGACCGAAACAGACCAACAAACCUGGGACAUCCUGGUUUUAACGAGCAUCAAACAAGAUUUGGGCUGAACUCUCCGUUACAAAACUUCCAGCAGCAGCCAGCAGUCAUCAACAAUGCCCCACAACUUCCUUUCCCGCAACCAAUACUAAAUCAACAACCAUAUGUGCCUCAGUUUAACAGUCUUCUUCCAGCACAAAAUAUCCCAAAUAACGCCAUCCCUAUUCAAAACAGCAACAACUUUCAAUUCAAUCAACAAGCAAAUGCGAAUCCUCAACUCAACAAUUUUCAUCAAAAUGUAGGAUCUCAAAAUUUUCAACAAAGUCAAAACAUACAACAAGCACCUACGAUUCCAACAUUCCAAAACAGCCUUCCAUUAGCUCAAAAUCCACCAAUAUUUAAUCAUAAUCCAAACAUUCCAUCUCCUCUAUCUCUUACACAACAAAGACCAACGCAAGCUGCUUUUCUACCAACUUUACAAACAGCACAAAGUCAGCAAAGCUUUAAUGCUCCUAACCCUAUUACGAUCCAAGCUGCACCAAAUUUAGCACCUCAAAACCAUAACCAAAAUGGGCAAGUGCCGUUCCAAGCUUCGCAACAAAUCAGCCAAUCAAAUAAUCAAGGUUCAAUAUUUACAAACCCUCAGCCAUCCGAUUUCCAACAAUAUUAUGAACAACAAUCUAAAGAGAACUUAGAAAAGCUUAAGGAACUACAGGAAAGACAACGAAUUAUUCAAAAACACCAGGAAUUCGUGCAGAAACAACAACAAAAACAACAGGAGAAAGUUGAAAAGCUUCAUGACGAAUUCUUGAGUAGACAAGCUACUAAAUCAUUACCAACAUAUACUACAACUGAAAACUACGAAGACAGUUUUAGAAGAGGUCAGGAAAAACGACGACCAAUUUUACCGCAUGAAACAGAUUUAUUCAAAAAAGCACUUGACCUUUAUGAGCAACAACAUCCAACAACAACUACCAGCACUACAACAACCACAACAACAACACAACGGCCUAGGUUUAUUAGGACCAGACCAACUGCCCGAUCUCGCACUCCACCACAGGACAGAAAUAAACAAAAACUCUACAAUGACAUAAAGAGCCUGCUAGAGGAAAGUGAAACAAAAGGAUUCGAUGACAACCUUCGAGCCAAGAGUGUUGCUCUAUUACAAAAACCGGAUAUUUUAAAACAACUUAAAGUAGCUUUAGCAGAAAAUCCUGAAGAUUUUAGCGAGAAAAAUUUCACUUCUCGUGAGAUAUCGCUAAAUGGUCAAAAAUACGAAGUUAUAAGAACAAAUAACCCUAAUUUAAUCCCCAAAGGUGCAAUAUCUGCUGAUAGUCCGGAUUUGGGAAAGUUAGUAGCCGCCACACAAGAAACGCAGAAAGAAAGUCAUGUAUCAUUUGACGAUUUAACAAAGGGUGUUUUGCCACCAGGUGCUAAUUUUGAACUCGUAAAACAAGGUGAUAAUGGCAAAUUGGAAGAAGUGUCAGCAUCAAAUACCCUUCCAAACAAAAAGAAGGUUACAUUUGUAUUUCUAGAAGAGCAGGAUGAUGGUUCCUACAAGGUUAAGGGGGUAAAAGCGAAUGGACAACAGACAGAAGAAGGACCUGAGGUAGAGGAAAUUUUGAACAGGAUUCGAAAAGGUGAAAUUUCUCUCCCAGGACCUACUAAAAUAUCAAAUGCAUUGUUUUCGUCAACAACAGAAAACCCUACAACAACUAAUAUAGACUACAUAGCGGAAUCAUCACAUCAUCCUUCAACAUACACCAGUUUUGUGACAACUUCAAGUUAUGCUUCUUCGGGACUUACGAACCCUGUACAAACUACUCCUGCCCCGAUACAUAGGAAUUCCAUUGCACCUGCUAGGACUACACAAAAAUCAUACAGAGAAACCUACACACCAAGAGAAUCACAAAGAGAAUCAUAUACACCCAGAGAAAGAGAAUCUUAUACCCAAAGAGACUUGCCAAGAGAGACGUAUAGUCAAAGAGAAACAACAAGAGAGACGUAUAGUCAAAGAGAACCAACACGAGAAACGUUUACACCGAGAGAGUCAAUAAGAGAAUUGUACACUCAGAAGGCACCACACAACGAGAUUUAUACUGAGCGAGAACCAACAAGAGAAUCGUACACCCAACGUGAAUCGCCUAGGGAAAGUUACACGCAACGUGAGAAUUCAAGAGAAUCAUACACCCAGAAUGAAAGAGAGACAUAUUCUCAAAGAGAUCCAACAAAAGAACCAUUGACACAAAGAGAAACAUUCACACAAAAAGAUGCUAUUAGAGAUACAUAUACUCCACGAGAAUCUCAAACGUUUCAAUCUUCGACAGGCCGUCCAACAACAGAACGCUUCAUCAUAAAAACCUCUACGCCAACUUAUACAAUUAGAAGUCAGAAACAGACUCAAAGAAGCCCAUUCCCAAGUACAACAAUAUUGAAUACAACGCCAGUAUAUAGAUCAACACCUCAAGACGUAGUUGUAAUAGGGUCUUCUACGCUGGCACCAACUUAUGAGGAGCCAACUCAAAAUAUUUUCGCUUCGGCGUCUAGCCCAGGUCUCAUAGAUAUUCUUAAGGAAAAUGGUCUAUUCGCAACAGCCAAAUAUUUGAAGCAGUCUGGAUUAGAUGCUAUUUUGAAUGAGACUGGGCCUUACACUAUUUUCGCUCCAACUGAUAAGGCGUUCAGGACGCUGCUAGUACAACUUGGAGGACCAGACAGAGCAGAAGAGAAGUUCCGUGACAAUCCUCGUCUGUUGAGUGGUUUAUUACUCCAUCACGUAAUCCCAGGUGCAUUCGAUAUAGCCUCGUUACAGGAUGAGAUGACCGGUGUCUCCUUAGCUGGUACACAACUACGAGUUAAUCAGUAUGACAUGCAUGAUGUUGAAUGGAACGAGGUUAAGGUCACCACCAUCAAUGGAGCCCGAGUAAUUGAUGACAAGAGAGAUAUUCAUAUACCACAGGGAAUCGCUCACGCAGUCGACCGAGUCAUGUUUCCUCUGCCAGUGGGCGAUUUAGUACAGACUCUGCAAGCAGACCGAGAUAGAAGAUUCACUACAUUUUUGAAGGCCAUCUUCGCCAGUGGCUUUGCGGAUACUUUAGCGGAAAGCAAAACGUAUACAGUUUUCGCGCCGACAGACACGGCAUUUGCGAAAUUAGCGCCAAGCGAGUUAUCGCGGUAUUCUGAAAAAGCUGCCGCACGCGCUUUGGUCGCAAGACAUGUACUACCGGGCACGCUGUACAGCGCAGGCAUGCGGUAUUACCAGCUACGGAACUCCAUGGAGGAUGCUAAGCCGCUCACACUUCAAAAGAACUCCGGUCGAAUAAAAGUGAACAACGCUCAAGUUAUUACACACAAUAUUCCUGCAACAAACGGAGUUAUUCAUGCAGUUGAUACAUUACUUUAG